CCCCGCGCGUGCCCGUCGGGGUCUCCGCGGGAGCGCGCGGCAUCACCCCACUGGCGGCGGCGCGCCGGGUCCCGGGGCGCAGCCCCGACGCUCAUUGGCCUGGGCGGCGCAGCCAAGCUGUCAGCCCAUGUGGCGUGUCCGCGCGGGGACGGCCGCGGUUAAAUAGAGUCUGCGCCGGCCUAGAGGGAGCCAGAGAGACGGCAGCGGCCCCGACUCCGCCGCCGCGCUCCAUCCUCGCCUCGCCGCCUUCUCCGCCGCCUGCUCGCCCGCCCCAGAAAGCAGUCAUGGAGGAGGUGGUCAUUGCUGGCAUGUCCGGGAAGCUGCCAGAGUCAGAGAACUUGCAGGAGUUCUGGGCCAAUCUCAUCGGUGGUGUGGACAUGGUGACAGACGACGACCGGCGGUGGAAGGCCGGACUUUAUGGUCUCCCCCGGCGAUCUGGCAAGCUGAAGGACCUGUCCAAGUUUGACGCCUCCUUCUUUGGUGUCCACCCCAAGCAGGCACACACGAUGGACCCUCAACUACGGCUGCUGCUGGAGGUCACCUACGAGGCCAUCGUGGAUGGAGGCAUCAACCCGACCUCACUUCGGGGGACAAACACUGGCGUAUGGGUGGGUGUGAGUGGCUCUGAAGCCUCUGAGGCCCUGAGCCGAGACCCUGAGACACUCCUAGGCUACAGCAUGGUGGGUUGCCAGCGUGCCAUGAUGGCCAACCGCCUCUCCUUCUUCUUCGACUUCAAAGGCCCCAGCAUUUCCCUGGACACAGCCUGCUCCUCCAGCCUGCUGGCCCUACAGAAUGCCUACAAGGCCAUCUGUAGCGGCGAGUGCCCCGCAGCUAUCGUGGGCGGCAUCAACUUGCUGCUGAAGCCUAACACCUCCGUGCAGUUCAUGAAGCUGGGCAUGCUCAGCCCCGAGGGUGCCUGCAAGUCCUUCGACGAGGCUGGGAAUGGCUACUGCCGCUCAGAGGCCGCAGUUGUUGUCUUGCUAACCAGGAAGUCCCUCGCCCGGCGGGUAUACGCCACCAUCCUGAACGCUGGCACCAACACAGAUGGUUAUAAGGAGCAAGGUGUGACCUUCCCCUCGGGAGAAUCCCAGGAGCAAUUAAUCCGAUCCCUAUAUGAGCCCGCUGGACUGGCCCCUGAGUCCCUGGAGUACAUUGAAGCUCAUGGCACAGGCACCAAGGUGGGAGACCCCCAAGAACUGAAAGGCGUUGUCCAAGCCCUGUGCUCAAAGCGCAAAGAGCCACUGCUGAUUGGGUCCACCAAGUCCAACAUGGGACACCCUGAGCCUGCCUCAGGACUGUCUGCACUGAUCAAGGUGCUACUGUCCCUGGAGCAUGGGCUCUGGGCCCCCAACCUGCACUUCCACAACCCUAACCCUGAUAUCCCAGAACUGCAUAAUGGACAGCUGCGAGUGGUGGACCAGCCCCUGCCUGUCCAAGGGGGCAUCGUGGGCAUCAACUCCUUUGGCUUCGGCGGGUCAAACGUUCACGUCAUCCUGCAGCCCCAUCUGCAGCCAGCCCCUGCCCCAGCCCCCCACGCUUCUCUGCCCCGGCUGUUGGUAUCCAGUGGACGCACCCCCAAGGCUGUGCAGGGCUUGCUGGAGCAGGGCCUGCAGCAUAGCCAGGACCUGGCCUUCCUGAGCAUGCUCAACAGCAUUGCUGCCACCCCCAUGGGCACCAUGCCCUGGAGGGGCUACACCCUGCUGGGUGCCCAGGACAGCAGCCAGGAGGUGCAACAGGUGCCUCCUGGCAAGCGCCCACUAUGGUUCAUCUGUUCCGGGAUGGGUUCACAGUGGUGCGGCAUGGGCAAGAGCCUCAUGCGCCUGGACACCUUCCGCGACUCCAUCUUGAAAUCUGAUGAGGCUGUGAAGCCCUUUGGGAUGAAGGUGUCAGACCUGCUUAUGAGCACAGAUGAGAAUACCUUCGACGACAUGAUCCUCACCUUUGUGUCCCUCACUGCCAUCCAUAUUGCCCUCAUCGACCUGCUGAUUGCCAUGGGCCUGAAGCCUGAUGGCAUCGCGGGACACUCCCUGGGAGAGGUGGCCUGUGGCUACAUGGACGGCUGCCUGUCACAUGAGGAGGCUGUGCUGGCUGCCUACUGGAGGGGCCAGUGCAUCAAAGAGGCCAAUGUUGCACCGGGUGCCAUGGCAGCUGUGGGCCUGUCCUGGGAGGAGUGUAAGCAGCGCUGUCCCCCUGGCAUCGUGCCUUCCUGCCACAACUGCGAGGAUUCAGUGACCAUCUCAGGACCUCAGGCCUCAGUGUCUGAGUUUGUGAAGCAGCUGAAGCAGGAGGGUGUCUUUGCCAAGGAGGUACGCACAAAUGGUGUGGCUUUCCACUCCUACUUCAUGGAGUCCAUAGCCCCCACGUUGCUGCAGGUGCUCAAGAAGGUGAUCCAGCACCCGAGGCCCCGCUCAGCACGCUGGCUGAGCACCUCCAUCCCUGAGGCCCAGUGGGGCGGCAGCCUGGCUCAGAUGUGCUCUGCUGAAUAUAAUGUCAACAACCUGGUGAGCCCUGUGCUCUUCCAGGAGGUGCUGCGCCACGUGCCCGAGAAUGCUGUGGUACUGGAGAUCGGGCCCCAAGGCCUGCUGCAGUCUGUCCUGAAGAGAGGCCUCAAGUCUAGCUGUACCAUCAUCCCCUUGAUGAAGAAGGGCCACAGAGACAAUCUUGAGUUCUUCCUCACCAACAUGGGCCGGCUCCACAUGGCAGGCAUCAACGUUGACCCCAGUGGCCUGCUCCCCCCUGUGCCGUUCCCGGCCCCGCGUGGGACCCCCCUCAUCUCCCCUCACAUCCAGUGGGACCACAGUCAGACCUGGGAUGUGCCCACCUCCGAUCAUUUCCCUAGUGGCUCCAGCUUCUCCUCUGCCACCGUCUAUAACAUCGAUGUCGGCCCCGAGUCUCCUGACCACUACCUGGUAGAUCACUGUAUAGAUAGCCGUGUUCUUUUCCCUGCCACUGGCCAGCUGUGCCUGGUCUGGAGGACCCUGGCCCGCACCCUAGGCCAGAGCAUGGAGCAGAUGCCUGUGGUGUUUGAGGACGUGACCCUGCACCAGGCUACCAUCCUGCCCAAGGCCGGGACUGUGCCCCUAGAGGUGCGUCUGCUGGAGGCCUCUCACUCCUUUGAGGUGUCUGACAGCAGUGGCAGCCUGGUUGUGAGUGGAAAGGUAUAUCACUGGGAGGACCCUGAUCCCACGCUCUUCAAUAGUCCAGAGACUGCACACAACUUGGACUCCACGGCUGCCUUCAGCCUGACCCAGGGUGACGUGUACAAGGAGCUGCGCAUCCGUGGCUACGACUAUGGCCCCUACUUCCAGGGCGUUGCAGCUGCCAACCUCGAAGGCACUGCUGGCCAGCUACUGUGGAAGAAUAACUGGGUGACCUUCCUGGACACCAUGCUGCAGAUCUCCGUCCUGAGCAUGGACCAGCGCUCCCUGCGCCUGCCCACCCGCAUUGGUGCCGUCCACAUCGACCCCACCAUCCACCAGCAGAAGGUCCACUUGGCACAGGGAGACACCCCAGUGGUGGACGUGACGGUGGACAAUGUGUUGGACUCCACACUUGCUGGCGGUGUGCUCUUCUCCCGCAUACACACCUCAAUGGCCCCACGGCGGCCUCAGGAGCAGCUGGCACCCAUCCUGGAAAAGUUCUGCUUCUCACCAUACAUUGAGGAUGGAUGCCUGUCGGGGAGCACUGAUUUGCAGGAGCAGCUGCAACUGUGCAGGGGGCUGGUUCAUGUGCUACAGAAGAAGCUGGCCCAACAGGGGCUGAAGAUGGUGGUGCCUGGGCUGGAGGGUGCCCAGGUCCCCCAGGAGCCCCCACAGCAUGGCCUGCCCCGCCUGCUGGCAGCUGCCUGUCAACUACAGUUCAAUGGGAGCCUGCAGCUGGAGCUGGGGUGCCUGCUGGCCCAAGAAGGGGUGCUGCUGCAGGAAGACACCUUGCUGGGUGGCCUGCUUGACUCACCAGCCCUCAAAGCCUGUGUGGACACAGCCCUGGAAAACAUGCCCAGCCUCCGGGUGAAGGUGGUGGAGGUACUGGCUGGAGAUGGCCACCUGUACACCCGCAUCCCGAAGCUUCUUGGCACCCAGCCCAUGCUGCAUCUGGAUUACAUGGCCACCGACCGCCACCCAGAGGCCCUGGAGGUGAAGCUGCAGCAGCUCGGCCUGGCUCAGGGCCAGUGGGACCCCACCGCUGAACCUUCCCCCACCAGGUUAGGCCAGGCUGACUUUCUGGUGUGCAAUUGCGCCUCAGCCCCUCUGGGAAACCCAGCCUUGGCCCUGACCAACAUGGCAGCCGCCCUGAAGGAGGGUGGCUUCCUGCUGCUGCACACUCUGCUGUCUGGACAUGUGCUAGGGGAGACCAUGGCUUUCCUCACCUGCCCUGAGCCACAGCAGGGCCACCAGAGCCUCCUGAGCCAGGAUGAGUGGGAGCACCUGUUCACAGGGGCUGCCCUAAACCUGGUGGGCAUGAAGAGGUCCUUCUACGGCUCCGUGAUCUUCCUGUGCCGCCGCCCUACCCCGUCCACCAGCCCGCUCUUGCUGCCAGUGGAGGACACCAGCUUCCAGUGGGUGGACUCGCUGAAGGACAUCCUGGCCGAGGGCUCCUCACAGCCGGUGUGGCUCACAGCUGUGGGCUGCCCCACCUCAGGGGUUGUGGGCAUGGUCAACUGUCUGCGCAGAGAGCCUGGCGGGCACCGCAUCCGGUGUGUGUUGGUGUCCAACCUCAGCAACACAGCUUCUGUUCCUGACCUGGCCCGAGGCUCCCAGGAGCUGCAAAAAGUGCUUCGAGGCGACUUGGUGAUGAAUGUCUACCGGGACGGGGCCUGGGGCACUUUCCACCACUUUCCAAUGGAGAAGGAACGACCAGAGAAGCUGACAGAGCAUGCCUUUGUGAAUGUCCUCACCCGCGGAGACCUGUCCUCCAUCCGCUGGGUCUGCUCCCCGGUGUGCCAUGCCCAGCCCUCCAGCCCUGGCAUGGAACUCUGCACCAUCAGCUAUGCCUCCCUCAAUUUCCGGGACGUCAUGCUGGCCACCGGCAAGCUUUCCCCUGACGCCAUCCCAGGGAAGUGGACCACCCGUGACUGCAUGCUGGGCAUGGAAUUCUCAGGCCGGGAUGCCAGCGGCAAGCGGGUAAUGGGGCUAGUGCCUGCUGAAGGCCUGGCCACCUCUGUCCUGCUGUCUCGGAAUUUCUUGUGGGAUGUGCCCUCCAGUUGGACCCUGAAGGAAGCAGCUACUGUGCCUGUUGUCUAUACUACUGCCUACUACUCGCUGGUGGUGCGUGGGCGUGCACGGCGUGGGGAGACCAUUCUCAUCCACUCAGGCUCAGGGGGUGUUGGCCAGGCUGCCAUCUCUAUCGCACUCAGCCUGGGCUGCCGGGUCUUCACCACCGUAGGAUCAGCUGAAAAGCGGGCCUACCUCCAGGCCAGGUUCCCCCAGCUCGAUGACACCAGCUUCGCCAACUCCCGGGACACGUCCUUUGAGCAGCAUGUGCUGCGGCACACAGCUGGGAAGGGUGUGGACCUGGUCCUGAACUCCCUGGCAGAGGAAAAGCUGCAGGCCAGUGUCCGGUGCCUGGCCCUGCACGGUCGCUUCCUGGAAAUCGGCAAAUUCGAUCUUUCCAACAACCACCCCCUUGGCAUGGCCAUCUUCCUGAAGAACAUCAGCUUCCACGGAAUCCUACUAGACGCCCUCUUUGAUGAGAACAAUAGUGACUGGCAGGAGGUGUCUGGUCUGCUGCGUGCAGGCAUCCGGGACGGUGUGGUGCAGCCCCUCAAAUGCACUUUGUUCUCCAAGGAGCAUGUGGAGGAUGCCUUCCGCUACAUGGCACAGGGCAAGCACAUUGGCAAAGUGGUGGUCCAGGUAUGUGAGGAAAAGGAGGCUACAGAGGGUACCAGGUCUCUGACUGCUGCCUUGUCCAAGACAUUCUGCCCUGCACAUAAGAGCUACAUUGUGGCUGGUGGCCUGGGUGGCUUUGGGUUGGAGCUGGCCCACUGGCUAGUGCAGCGUGGUGCCCAGAAGCUGGUGCUGACCUCCCGAUCUGGGAUCCGCACAGGCUACCAGGCCAAGCAGGUGCGGGAGUGGCGGCGCCAGGGUGUGCACGUGCUGCUCUCCACCAGCAAUGCCAGCUCACUGGAUGGGGCACGGGCUCUCAUUGCCGAGGCCAAGCAGCUGGGGCCCGUGGGUGGUGUCUUCAACCUGGCCAUGGUACUGAGAGAUGCCAUGCUGGAGAACCAGACUCCUGAGCUCUUCCAGGAUGUCAGCAAGCCCAAGUACAGCGGCACCCUCAACCUGGACAGGGUAACCCGGGAGGCCUGUCCUGAGCUGGACUACUUCGUGGCCUUCUCCUCUGUGAGCUGCGGGCGUGGCAACGCAGGCCAGACCAACUACGGCUUUGCCAACUCCAGCAUGGAGCGCAUCUGUGAGAAGCGACGCCACGAUGGCCUCCCAGGCCUAGCUGUGCAGUGGGGCGCCAUCGGUGAUGUAGGCAUCGUGCUGGAGGCCAUGGGUACCAAUGACACGGUCAUCGGCGGCACCCUGCCCCAGCGCAUUGCCUCCUGCAUGGAAGUGCUGGACCUCUUCCUGCAGCAGCCCCACCCCGUCCUGAGCAGCUUUGUGCUGGCCGAGAAGAAGACAACCUCCCAGGGGGACAAGGACGGCAAGCUGGACUUGGUGAAAGCCGUGGCACACGUCCUGGGCAUCCGUGAUAUGGCUGAGCUGGGCCUAGAUAGCUCACUGGCCGACUUGGGCCUGGACUCCCUCAUGGGUGUGGAGGUGCGGCAGAUACUGGAGCGCGAGUACGACCUGGUGCUGUCCAUGCGUGAGGUGCGCCAGCUCACACUGAGGAAGCUUCAGGAACUCUCCUCCACGACCAGUGCCGCUGAGGAGCGAAGCAGCCCCCAGCAAAAAGAGAACAGCCCCUCCAUGCUGCAGGCCCCACUGAAUGUUAGCUCCCUGCUGGUGAACCCCGAGGGCCCAACUCUGACGCAGCUGAACCUGGUGCAGAGCUCUGAGCGGCCCCUGUUUCUGGUGCACCCCAUUGAGGGCUCCAUCACCGUGUUCCACAACCUGGCCGCCAAGCUCAGUAUCCCCACCUAUGGCCUACAGUGCACCCAAGCUGCACCCCUGGACAGCAUCCAGAGCCUGGCUGCCUACUACAUAGAGUGCAUCAAGCAGGUGCAGCCCGAGGGGCCCUACCGCAUCGCUGGCUACUCCUAUGGGGCCUGCGUGGCCUUCGAGAUGUGCUCACAGCUGCAGGCGGCCCAGCAGGGCCCGUCCCCUGCGCACAACAGCCUAUUUCUGUUUGAUGGCUCCCACACCUUCGUGCUGGCCUAUACCCAGGGCUACCGCGCCAAGAUGACACCAGGCUGUGAGGCAGAGGCAGAAACUGAGGCCUUGUGCUUCUUUGUGCAGCAAUUCACGGAAAGUGAGCACGACAAGGUGCUGGAGGCCCUGCUGCCUCUGCAGAACCUGGAGGCCCGUGUGGCGACUGCGGUGGACAUGAUCGUGCAGAAGCACCCAGGCCUGAACCGCCGCGAGCUGAGCUUUGCCGCCCUGUCCUUCUACUACAAGCUGCGCGCAGCUGAGCAGUAUUCACCCCGGGCCACCUACCAUGGCAACGUGACACUGCUGCGUGCCAAGACGGGCGGCCUCUACAGCGGGGACCUGGGGGCUGACUACAACCUUUCGCAGGUGUGCGACGGCAAGGUGUCGGUGCAUGUCAUUGAGGGUGACCACCGCACUCUCCUGGAGGGCAGCGGCCUGGAGUCCAUUCUCAGCAUCAUCCACAGCUCUCUGGCUGAGCCUCGAGUCAGUGUGCGGGAGGGCUAGACCACACGCUGCCCACACCACCCUGCCACACUGCCCUACCCAGGUCAGAAGGUCCUGCCGGUGGGACCCCGCCUGCACACCUGCCCGCUGCCGCCCCAUAGCCCCAGCCCUGUCACUGCCUCCACCCUGUGUACCAAUGCCCAGGCCGGCCUCUGGGACAGGCUGACCCUCCCGCAUGGCUACCUGCCCUGAACCCGGAGACCUAUUCUGGUCUGUGAUGGGUCACCCAGGUGGCCAGCCCAUGGCUCCAAGUGGAGCCUCCCUAUUUAUUGUGUCACUGGGGAGCCACCAGGGCCACUUCCUCUGAGAAGGCCACAGCCCCUCCCACAGGGGAGGAGGGAGGGGUGAAGGAGGGCUGGCCUAAACCCCUUUGCCCCAGGACCCCCAUGAUGCAGGGGCCUGUGGAGGAUCAGCUCUGGAGUGUGGCCUCACCUACUUAUCCCCCUUUGGUCUGUGCGCGCGCGCACAUGCGCGCGCGCGUGUGUGUGUGUGUGUGUGUGUGUGUGUGUGUCAGUGUGUCAUGAAACAUGAUUUUAAUUGCUGCUCAGAUUUUGCAUUGACUGUCAGUGUGAAGAACUAUCUGUACCCUGUUGCGUUUCUAUACUCACCUGGUCAAAGUGCUCACCCGGAGCCUCCCUAUUAAACUCACUGUGGUGAGCUCUAGC